AUGAUGAGCCUUUUCGCUCCAGCCCGGCAUCUCGCACGGUCUUGCAUCCCCCGCCUGAGCUGUGCUCGUUUUGCCUCAACUUUCGUCAAGGUGGUAAAAGAACAGAAUGCCGCGUACACUAAGAAGGCGUUGAAGUGUUACGAGGAGUCGAAGGACGAAGUUGAUAGGAAACUCGAUCCUGUAACGGUUUUCAACAACAACCCAUUGGUCCUCUUCAUGGAGGGAACGGUCGAUGCGCCCGAAGGGCAGUUGAGUUUGAACGUGGUGAAAAUGCUGACGGAGGUUCAAGCGGUCCCAUUGGUAACUGUUGAUGUCACUGAGCAUCCUGCUAUCACCGGGUAUACUGUCGCGAAGAGUGGCUCUGAGGUUACACCACAUUUGUAUUACAACGGCAAUUUUUAUGGUGAUCAUGAUAGGCUCUUGAGCAAGUACAAGAAUGGAGAGUUGAGGAAAAUCGGCAGCAAUAAGAAGUCUGAGGGCGCGUUUGCUGGGGAGCUCCCCAUUGGAAUGUACUGA